AUGCCACGCUUCAAAACUCUUCUCUGCAACCAGCACAUUGGCGUCGAUUCCAUUCGAUUCACGAUGGGCAAACUGAACAUUUUGUACCACAAAAGCUAUCAUGUGUACAACCGAGACAACGUAGAACGGGUUAAGCGUGAUGAACUGCAAGCGGAACUGGAAGCCGAAGUCAAGACUCAAUCAACCAUUGCGGCCAAUUCUGAAGCGAGGUUAACGCUGUUAAGAAGUCAAAAGCAACAGAUCAAGCAUGAAAGCUCCCGGUCUAAAGAACGUAGGAUUGAGAAAGCAUUGGAGGAUCAACUGAAGGGGAAAAAAUCAAAUCUCAAGAUCUCAAACACUGAAGAAGGAGAAGAAGAACAAGAAAAACUCAAGUCAAUUCAGCAGUCAAGCUCUUCCAGCAAAAUUACCGAUAAUUCAUCGAUUAUCGACCCUAAGAAUGGACAUAUCAACUUCUGGUUCGGAUUGGAAAACCAAUCCACUUCGAAAGUAUUUGGUAGGAAUGCCGGCCUCGAAAAAAAUCAAGCCUACAUGAAUGACUUGAAGAAAAAGGACGAAAAAUGGGACGAAUUGAUCACAAUGAGAUUGGAUAAACCUGCGCAUGAAUUGAACCCUUGGUACUCCCAAAACGAUCUUAUCAAUGGUGAAGAUAAGAAGGUUUCACAUAGAAAAGCAAAAGAGAGAGCUUUCAAGGAUCAAAGCUUCAAGCAACAAAACGAUCCAUUGACCCUAGUGAAAAAGAGCUUAUACCCAUCAAGCUCAACGAAAUACAACAAUCCGCGAAAACGGAAAGAGCGACAAGCGUCCCGUUCGCCCUCGCCUGUCGCUAAGCUCUCGCGCCGUGAUGAGUCGGAUGGAGAGUCAAACUACACGCCGGCGUUACCGCCAAGUAAUAAGCCUUCCUCAUCAGCCUCGAACCAACCCAAAUCCGCCAAGAUUAUGAAAGUUGACAUCUCCGCGGAAAGAUUGAAAGCCGAAGCAUUACUUAAACGGCAUCGCAAAGACCAUAGUUCGAACAUCUCCCAAGCAGCCACACCUAGGUCUGGCUAUAGUGAUGUCUAUAAUCGCGAUGAAAUCGAGGCCAUCAAGAGGCAAUCUCGAUAUCGACGUCACCCCCUCAACCAUCCCUCCUCACCAUCAUCUGCCUCUCGCCGAUCAAAACGAUAUUGGGUUUGA